AAAAGGAAUUCACCCACAAUAUUCGACCAUAACUGUCAAGUGCGUCUGCGGCAACAGUUUUCAAACCCGCUCAACGCUGAAAGAAGAUUUGAACAUCGAAAUUUGCUCUGUAUGCCACCCGUUCUUUACCGGCAAGCAAAAGAUUGUCGACACGGCUGGACGCGUCGGAAGAUUCAAAGAAAAAUACGGAAUUCAGAGCUAGCACACAAUUCCUGCAAUUCGAUGUAA